UUAUGGGAGCUUCUCACACUGUCCCAGUUGCCCUGCAGCCCCAGAAUCCUGCUCACUUUCCCACAAUAGCAGGGCCCCUGAGACCAUCUCCCUUCGAGUGGGUACUCAUCCAUUCUAACCCCAAAGGCUUAGGACACCAUGGCCCUGCUUCCUGGCAAGCCUUCUUGGGCGGCCGCCGCAAUCUGUCUCCUCUUGACCUUUCCCACUCUUUUUUCUAGGGAGCUGAACCAAAGGAUGAUCUGCUCGUGCAGGGAAGAAGAAAGGAGAGACCAGGAAGGCGGACAGGGCGCAGGGAGGCUCCCUGCCCGAGACAAACCCAGCCCAUUCAGAUGGCCCCAGUGAUGUUUGCCUCCAGUUCCCCACAGUGAGAAAAAGGACUUGUCUCAUCUCAGCUGAUACUGGAAAACAUUUAAUAAACUUCAGUACCCACUUGCGACACAAAAUCUUGGCAAUCUAAGAAUAGAAAGGAAUUUCCUUAACUUGAAAAAGGAUAUUUACCAGAAAACUAACAGCAAACCAUUUGCCCACUGGAAAACUUUGGAAGCACUAUCAUUAAGAUCAGUCACCAGGCAAGGAUGUCCACCACCACCACCUCCUCCACCAUCACCUCCACCAUCAUCACCACCACCUCUACCACCGCCUCUACCAUCCCCACCAUCACCUCUACCUUCUCAACCAUCACCUCCUCCACCAUCACCUCCACCAUCAUCGCCACCACCUCUACCACCGCCUCUACCAUCCCCACCAUCACCUCUACCUUCUCAACCAUCACCUCCUCCACCAUCACCACUACCACCAUCACAUCCACCAUCAUCACCAUCACCUCUACCUCCUCACCAUCAGCUCCUCCACCAUCACCUCCAUCAUCAUCACCUCCACCUCUACCACUGCCUCCACCAUCACCACCAUCACCUCUACCUCCUCAACCAUCACCUCCUCCACCAUCACCUCCUCCACACAUCACCAUCACCUCCAUCAUCACCUCCACCUCUACCACUGCCUCCAUCAUCACCACCAUCACCUCUAACUCCUCAACCAUCAUCUCCUCUACCAUUACCACUACCACCAUCACAUCCACCAUCACCAUCACCUCUACCUCCUCAACCACUACCUCCUCCACCAUCACCUCCAUCAUCACCUCCACGUCUACCACUGCCUCCACCAUCACCACCAUCACCUCCACCUCCUUAACCAUCACCUCCACCAUCAUCACCACCACCUUCACCUCCUCAACCACCACCUCCUUUACCAACACCUCCACCACCACCCCCACUUCCUCUACCACCAUCAUCUCCACCUCUACCAUCACCUCCACAUCCAUCUCUUCCUCUACCAUCACUCCACCACCUCUGCCACCAUCGCCACCUCUACCUCUACCAUCAUGACCACCUCUGUCACCAUCCCCUCCACCUCUACCAGUCAAUAUUGAUGACAGUCAGGGGACCUGGGCUGGAGACCUGCCUCAGCCAUUACCUUUCUGGCUAACUGUGGGUCUCAGUUUCCCCAUUUGUAGCUUGAGUGGUGGGACUGUACCGACUGUUUGCAAAUGACACUCCCCUGAGCACUAGGGGCCCCUGCAGGGUGCAAAGGGAGGCAAACAGGUGCCCUCUGGGUAGCCCAUCCCCCUUCCAAAAUGCAGCUCUUCUUUUAUUCAACUUCUGUUAAGAUUCCUGGUGAGAGUUUAUUAGAACAAAGGAUUCUGUGGCUCGAAAGAGUUGAAAAUCAGCAGAUACACAGUCAAUACAAGCGGGGACUAAGGACAGAACCAGGUAAUUCAUGGGCACAGAACUCUGUAAGGAGAAGCCCCUUUCUCAUCAGCAAUCAGACAGCCGUACCUAACCGGACAAUGGAAUACCAUUUCUCACCUAUCAGAUCAGGAAAACACUGAACGCCAGCAGUGUUGUCAAGGAUGUGGGGAAGUGGGGGCACUCCUAGACCCAGAUGGGAAUGGAAACUGGCGCUGCAUUUUGGACCGGUCAUUUGGCAGCACCUGUGAAAAGGUGAUGCAUGUACCUCUGACCCGGCAAUCCCACCGGAAGGACCUACCGGCAGGAGUGCUCCAUGCAUCUGCAAAGACAGGCACAUGCAGGACCUCCUGGGAAAUGUGUGAGGACACAGGGCCACCCAGCUCUGCCAUCUGUGACCGCCCCUCAUGAGCUUGCCCAGGGCCUGCUGUGGCCCCCACAUCUACCCGGAGGAGCCCCAAACUGGCUCCAUUCUGGGGACACACAAAGGCCAGGUGAGCGGAAAUCUGGGCUCACACCUCAAAAAAGUGACUUGCUUAUGUAGGUCCAUCACGCCAGGGCUGCUCCCCGGAACUCAGAGCUCUCUCCCUUCACGUAAGGUGGACCACAAACCACAAGUGUGACCUUGGACCCAUCAGCUCACUUUCACCAACAAUUCGCCAAGCAGGGAUGGUUUUCUUAUCGGCUAAAGGAAGCUGAUCAAAGCGACUCCAUAGCGAUUUUUCAAAUGAAAUCAUUUACGUGAAAAGCCAAUUGGGAAAUAUUGACUAUGUCAAGACUGACACCCACCCCCACCAUGUUCCAGGCCCUUGCCCCCUCCCCCGCACCAACCCAAAGCAAAUUCUCUCUGAAUACCCUCUCACUUGGCAGGAGCACCAUCUACCACUGCAUCACUGCUGGGUAUAUAGACAGCCUCCCUUUUUUUUCACUUAUAAAUGACGCCGGCAUGAACAUCCUCAAAGAUCCACGCAUAGGCUGGCUCCGGAAAAAAACUUCUGGCGUGAAGGGCAAGGACACGUACAACAUUGGUCAAUGCAGCCAUCUGACCCUCCAAGAGGGUCGUUCAUCUUCACUCCGGUCUGCUGAAACCCAGACCGUGCGAAGAUCAAAUCUGGACAAAGACAAGAAGUUCUUAUCUUAGGAGAGGUCAUGGGAAAGAAUUCAAAAGUGUUUCUAACUGGCUCCCCAAUAGCUGGCCCCAUCCUUCCAGCCAGAGCUCUGCUGCAGGCCAGGCAGCGGGGGAAACUGGCCCUCGGGCCCAGCCUGUUAACUUAGGUGUGAUAGAAGAAAGGACUUCAGUAGGGAGGCGUUCGCAGAUGCUGGAGGCAACCCAAGGUGCCCAAUGAAUUCCUCUAGGGGUCUCUUAAAAUGGGGAGAGAGGGCAGUUUGAGCUCCCUGGGAAGGAUUAAAGGGGGCGGCGGGGGAGGAAGCCAGGUUCUCCCAAGACCUUCUUGUCCAAGAACUGAGUGGUUCUUCGUACUUGGGGGAAAUGGCAUCCUGCAGCGCUUUCCCCCAGGUGCUGACAAUAACGCCUCCCACAGGAUCGCAGCGUUGGGAGCCCACCAGCUGGUUGAAAUCCAGAGCAAGCCUCCUUCUUCCCUUUGCCAGAGACUCGGCUGUGGCCCAGGGAGGGCAAGCGACUUGCCCCAGGCAGCACAGCCCCGGAAGGAGUAGAGCUGGACCCCCACCCCCCCAACCCCCGGGGCACCAGACCCAGAGCCAGUGCCUGCCCAGGGCUUCCCACCUGCAAGUUCACGUCUCCGGAGAGCCCCAGGGCUGUGGGCUUGACCUCCAGACCCGGUGGACUCUCAGAAUCCCCACACAUGCAGCAUCCUGGGCAGGACCAAGGGCGCCGGGGUCCCAAGGGCCGUCUGUCUGCUUCUUCACCUGCCAUGUGACCUCGGGCCGGCCCCCCACGGCGCACUCAGGACCGUGGGAACAAAGGCGCCUGCCCAGUGCGGCUGCCAGGAGCUCAGAUACCAGCUCCGCCAGCGCCAGCGAGCGGGAGCGUGCGCCCUCUGUGAGCCCGGAGGGCCGGGGGCGGGCUGGGGGCUGUGGUCCGAGGCCUUUUGCCCCCUUUCCGCCGCCAGACCACGGGCGCCCCCCUGCGGCACCCGGCCACUGUGCUGACACCUUCGGCCCCAGCUGAGCUGCAGGGCCACGUGGAAGUGUGGGCGCCUUGGCCUUGGGCCUCUGCUCCAACCCCGUUUCCUGCAUUCAUGCACUCACCCAUUCAUUCAUUCAUUCAUUCGGGAACAGGAUUGCAGGCAGAGCAUUGGCCAUGAGGUCCAAAAGCCUCAGGAGGUUCAAAGCCCCGCUCAGACACUUUCUGGCUGUGUGAACUUGGGCAAAUCGCUUUACCUCUCCGAGCGUCCCUGUCUUCCUCCAUAGAAGGUGGGUAUCUGUGCCUCCCUCAGCUUUGCGAGGACCCGGUGUAUAGAGAGUGCUUAGUGCUGUGCCCGCUACACAGUAGGUUCUCAAAAAGUGAUGGAAACUGGACCUGACAGUGGGAUUUAAACAUUGACCAAGGACAGAAAUAGGAGAUUGGGGGCUGAGGGGGGUUUUCAGAGAGCCUCAUCUCAACCCUCCCCAGGGUGGGUGCAGAGAUGUCCUACCUCCCAGUGUCACCCUUCCUCUCUGCUCCCCAAUCAAGGAGCGACUCGAAGGGAACUCAGCACUCCUUACUCAGCAUUCAUUGAACACCUACUGGGUACCCAGCUCUGUCUGGGCUCUGACCCGCAGUGCUGGGCAGGGAAGCCACAGAAUGUCAGAGAUCAGAACGGCCGGCAGCAUCCUCUUCGCUGCUUCCUGGCAGUAGGAGCGACAAAGAUCAUCAGAAAGGCUAACAGAAAGGGAGCCCUUUCUCCACACUGGGCCCCGGGGCCCCGAGCUCGAGGAGCGUUUUCUCAUCUGAGUCUCACAACAGGGCAGGACCUGAGCUUUCACAGGUGAGACGCUGAGGCACCAAAAGGGGGGCAGAAGCUGCCCAAGGUCACACAGCUUGGAAGUGGAAUUGAACUCAGAUUUGACUCCAAGUCUUUUAGAAUGCAGAUACCUUACAUCCUUUCCCCGAGCCUGAAGGAGUCUCCUGCCCAGAGUCAGUGCUGAGAAGUAUUUGGCUUGUUUCAUAGAUGGGAACCCAACAGAGAGGGGAGCGGAGAUAUUCUAGGUCACCUGGCAACUAAUCUAGCUGGGUACCCCCCCAACCUUUCCCACUCCCCAGAAAUAGCCCUGGCACCUGCCCCAGAUGGGCCUGAGUCCCUGGGCUCCCUGACCCACGUUGUCAGCCAUGCACACUCCAUGCACACUCGCCCGGACAAUGUCUAAGUUCUAACUGGGGUCACUGCACCUCAGAGGGAGACAGGGAACAGCUUCCAUGGGACCCCUGGCCCCCAUCAGGCACCAAACCCCCACAGAGGGGCACGCGGGGUUGGGGGUUGGUCUUUGCCCAAAGGGCAGCGCGAGCCUCUCUUCUCUCUAGCCCCAUCCUUCACCCCUUCCUUGGGGUUCACGGGACUUCCCUGGCUGCUGGCCUUGUUCUGCUUUUGCCAACAUUGCCAGGACCCUCUGCCCUGCCCCGCCCCCAAGACAAGAUGUGAUGACGCUGAAGUUUCAAGCGUCUAAGAAUCACUGACCUUAUGAUCUGGAAAGAAGAGGUGACACUCAGAACAGCGAGACACUUGGAGACUGACAUUUCCCCCUUUUCUUCGGGCACAGCACUUCACAGUUUGUAGCUAACAGCAGCUCCCAUUUACUGAGCACCCAUGGGGGGGCCUGUUCUAAGCACUGGAAGUGAAUGAACUCACCUUCCACCGCCUCUCUGACGUAGGAGCCAUUAUUCCCAUUUCACAGACAAGGAAACUCAGGCCCAGAGAGGUGAAGUGACUUGCCCAAGUUCACACAGCCGGGUAGUGGCCGAGUUGAGAUUUCAACCCAGGCCGUGUGAAGCCUGUACCCCUAACCACCACGCCCCGCCAUCCUACACAUUAUAAAGUGCACUCACAGCAUUCUGGGGGGUGGGGGCAGACAGGGCAAGGGCUGUGGUCCCAGGACUUUAUACGUGAAGAGCCUGUAGUUCAAAGUGACUUGCCCAAAGUCAUGCAGCUAGGAGGGUCUCCUGGUUCCUUAUUUCUGUGUCCCACUAUCUCUCCCUCUCCUUGCUGUCCCCAAUCCUCCACCCCUGUACAAUCUCAGUCCCCCUUCCCCCCUGCAGACCCCCUCGCUGAGUCUGGUUCCCCAAACCCUAUGGCAGAGGCUGCAGGUGGCCACCCACAGACCUGGACCCUCCAGCCUUCCAGGGCACCCCAGGUGUCCCUGUGGGGCCCCAGUGGGUGGCAGGAUGCCCGCGCUGGGCACUGCAGAGGCCUCUGGCAUUAGGGACCCUGGCAAGAGCGGAUUUACGAGCAGGACUAUUUUAUACUUUGCAGCUGCCGCUGUAAACCCUGGACCCAUUUGGGGAGGAGGAGCAGCUGCGGGGGAACCCCCGUGGGGCCCCGGAGCCAGUGCCAAAUCCUUCCUGCCAUUUCUGAGCAGCCGGAGGAAUCCUGAAAUUAAAACCGCCCGAAAAAAAAAUGACAAAUCCCUGUCCCACUCCACAUGGGCCUGCUUCUUCCCCAACAGCAGAUGAGGAGCUAGAGCUGAAGCAGAGCAGAGCUAGACACAGCACAAGACCGCCCACCAGAGACCCGGAUUCCUGGUCAGCUCUGGAUGGGCCCCAGUCCCAGUAUGCUCCUUGGAUGUCCACAUAUGAAAUGGGGGGGGCUGGUCUAGAGCAGGAUUUCUGAGACCCUCUGAGCUUCACAAGUUCCCUACAGUAACUGAGCUCAAACAUUCCCACUUUAAGGUUCAAUGCUCCCACUCCUGGCUGUGUGACCUUAGACAAGUUACUUGACCUCUCUGAGUCUGUUGUUUUCAUCUGUAAAAUGGGGACAAAUAAUGACCAUCUCAUUAAGAAGGUUGGAAGGAUAAAAUAAACAAACAUCAGUAAUUCCAAGCAGCUUUAUUUAUAAUAGCCACAAGCUGGAAAACCACCCAAACGUCCAUCAGCAGGUGAAUGGAUAAACAAAUUUCAGUACAUCCAUACAAGGGAAUACUACUCAGCAGUAAAAAGCAGUGAAAUGUUAAUACGUACAAUAACAUGAAUAAAUCUCAGAACAUUCGUGCUGCAUGCAAAAAGCCAGAUAAAAAGAGUACACUAUAUGGUUCCAUUUAUAUAAAAUUCCAGAAGAUAAAAAUGAGUCGUAGGGACAGAGAGCAGGUCAGUAGUGGUCUAGGGACUG